AUGGCUUACCCGCAGCUAGGAUACCCCUAUUCACCCACACACCAGUUCCUCAUGAGCACGAGCUCUUUGGCCAGCUGCUUCGAGCCUGGCGGAAGGUCUCUCCUGGACUCAGGUGUGACGCAUCCCUCUCCCCAGCCUCUUCGGUGCCCAGCGUACGAGAGCAGGCUGCUCGGCUCCCCGGGCCAGGAGAUACCAACCCCGGCUAUAGGUCUGGGUGUGUAUGGAGCUGGCUAUGGAAAGAGCCAAGGGUACUAUGGCACCUGCGGAGGCGACGCAACAGCUCUGUAUGCCAGGGGAACCUUGGAGUCCAAAGAUGGAGCGUCUGCACAUGUGGGGGCCUCUCAAACCCCUGCAUACUAUCCAUAUGAUUACGCAUUUGGGCAGUAUCCAUAUGACCGAUAUGGGUAUGGGUCAUCUGUGGACAGUGCCGCAGCACGGAGGAAGAACGCCACCAGGGAGACCACCAGCACUCUGAAGGCCUGGCUGCAGGAGCACCAGAAGAACCCGUAUCCCACCAAGGGAGAGAAGAUCAUGCUGGCCAUCAUCACCAAGAUGACACUUACACAGGUGUCCACGUGGUUUGCCAAUGCACGGCGGAGGUUGAAGAAGGAGAACAAAGUCACAUGGUCACCACGAGCCAAUAAAAGCUCUGAUGAGAGGGGCUGUGAAGAUGACAGUGAUGGUGUGGAGGGAUCGCAAGAGGAGGAGCCAAUUAAACGCGAGAUAGAUGUUGAUGACUCUGUAACGGGGAGGUGUGUGGACCUAAAACAGAGUGAACUGGAGGACUUUGAUCUGCUGGAGUCAGAUGGUUCUGACUGCGACCCUAAACACCCGUUUCACACCAAAGACACCCCAGUACACACACCACCGGACCAGCGCCACCACCCCAAAGACCCUUCCAACAGCCCACUCACACAUACCCCAGACACACUCCGACACGGGAAUGAACGAUUGCCACAGUCAGCAGAUUGCCUCAAAAACACACCAGACCACGACCGAACAACCAACUCAUUCUACACUCAACGGGACCUGCGAAGUACAGAGAGCAGCAAACCUAACAUCUGGUCCAUUGCACAAACUGCUGCUAUCCAACCUGAGUUCCCUCCAUGCAUGCACACAGCCACCCCCAGCGAGGCCCUCUCCCCAGGGGGGUAUCUGACCGAAGUACCCAACCUGAAGGUGAGGGCGGCUGAGCAGCAGGACUCGCCAGUGGCUACUCUGAGAGAUUGGGUGGACGGGGUAUUCCACGACCCCCUGUUCAGACAGAGUUCCUUUAAACCUGUGCUGUCCAAGUCAGCCAUGGACAGGGUGUGGAUUGGGUUAAAUGGAUAGGCGAUGGACGGCAGAACUCUGUUGAACAUGUUACCUCGUCUUUGCAGUAUGUAUCGACUUCCUUAGAGAGACAUACAGAGACUGCUAUCCUCUCACCAUUUGAAUUAACUCAACCUGAGCAGAAGGCUAUCUGAACUCCUUAUGAUACUACAUGCUUCCAAUGCCUUUUUUUGUUUUAGAAAAAUGUCAAUACAUGAAUGCACAUAAACGGCAGUAUAAUGACGUUAUAAUGACAAACAUCAGAACAAUGACGGUUUGCAUAAAUAUCUAAUUCAGACUACUUUCACUUUAAAUGCAUUUUUAAAUGAGUGGAAAAAAGAGGGAUUCAAUCCCUUUGGACACUAAGAAAAGCAAAGUAGUAGCCUACCCAUUCUCCCAGUAAAAUGAUCCCCCACAUUCAACAGAUUAAAAAGUUCUGGAUUGUUGAAUCACUAAAACACACUGAUAAUAUGUUGUUUUAUGAUCUGGGAAGUGGGGACACAGAGUAUCCUAGUGGUGUACACCUUUUCCAGACCUCUUAUAAUAACCUGAAGCAUGACAGCACAAUGUUUCCUCUUAAACCAAGUAGUGCAUAAUAUACAGUAUGUUUUGCUUAUGAUCACAUCUGAUAGACGUAUUUCACACUUCUUGCACUAAAGUCCGAUUGCA